GAUGCUCAAAAGUUGAGAAGUUUUCCCAAUGCUGCCCCAGCCAGGGAGGAAAGAGUGAGUUGUGCUGCCCGGCUCCCCGCCCCAUGCACACACUGGGACUGUCUGUACACUGAGGAGGAGCGGGAUCGGCAGUGGAGUGGAGAUCGCGGUCAGUCGCUCGGUUGGUCGGUCGGUGUGUGGCUCUAUGAGUUGAGCUGGCCGCAGUGCUGUGGGCCUGGCAGGAUCAGGAGUGGAUGUCGUUGUCAGGACUGAUCGGUGCGGAUACUGAAUGCUAGAGAUCAUCGGUUCCUGACAGCUCAGCCCGAUCAGUACUAGGGAGGGAGGCUGGCGUGCUUGGCAAACCACCAUGCAGGCUCGGUACUCGGUGUCCAGCCCCAACUCUCUGGGUGUCGUGCCAUAUCUGGGAGCGGAGCAAGGCUAUUACAGAGCAGCAGCUGCUGCCGCGGCAGCUGGAGGGGGCUACACUGGCAUGCCUGCCCCUAUGAGUAUGUACUCUCACCCGGCUCAUGAACAGUACCAGGCCGGCAUGGCCAGAGCCUAUGGGCCCUACACCCCCCAGCCUCAGCCUAAGGACAUGGUGAAACCCCCCUACAGUUACAUCGCCCUGAUCACCAUGGCCAUCCAGAAUGCCCCAGACAAGAAGAUCACUCUGAAUGGCAUCUACCAAUUCAUCAUGGAGAGGUUCCCCUUCUACAGAGACAACAAACAAGGCUGGCAGAACAGCAUCAGGCACAACCUGUCCCUUAAUGAGUGCUUUGUCAAGGUUCCCAGGGACGACAAGAAGCCUGGCAAGGGCAGUUACUGGACUUUGGACCCAGACUCCUACAACAUGUUUGAGAAUGGCAGCUUCCUGAGGAGGAGGAGAAGGUUCAAGAAAAAAGAUGUGAGCAAAGAUGGGGCCAAAGAUGAGAAGGAGCGGCUCAUGAAGGAGCACCACAACACCCAGGCACCUUCUGGCCAAGGGGAGCAAGAUGGCAACAAGCAGCCAAUCAGGAUCCAGGAUAUAAAGACCGAGAAUGGGACUGCUUCUCCUCCCCAGGCCAUGUCACCUGCCCUGAGUGCUGUGCCCAAGAUAGAGAGCCCUGACAGUAGCAGUAUGUCCAGUGGUAGCCCGCACAGCAUCCCGUCCAACAGGUCCAUGAGUCUGGAAGAGUCUCACCACCCUCACCAACAGCACCACAGCCAGGGCUUCAGUGUGGACAACAUCAUGACCUCCCUUAGAGGAUCUCCCCAGGGUUCUGGAGAACUUGCCCCUACCAGUCUGAUCGCCCCUUCCAGGACAGGGAUGGCCCCUUCACUCUCACUAAGCUAUUCCCCAGGCCAGGGCUCUAUCUACAGCUCACCUUGUAGCCAGAGCACCAGUGCUGGAGGCUCUACAGGGACCUAUCACUGUAACAUGCAAGCCAUGAGUCUAUAUUCUGGGGACAGGUCUGGUCACUUGACCCCCACCAAUACCCCGGUAGCCACUACAGUAGAAGAGACAUUACCUGAUUAUUCCAUCACCACCACCACCACCCCUGCUCUCAGCCAUGGCAGCCUAAACUCUGGACAAGACCAUCCACACCAAGGCAGGCUCCCCUCAUGGUACUUGAAUCAGUCGGGGGAUCUGGGCCACCUAACUGGGGCCACCUACCCAGGACAGCAGCAGAACUUCCACUCUGUGCGAGAGAUGUUCGAAUCACAGAGAAUUGGUUUAAACAGCUCCCCAGUGAACGGUAAUAGCAGCUGUCAGAUGUCCUUUCCUUCCAGCCAGUCCCUGUACCGCACAUCAGGGGCCUUUGUGUAUGACUGCAGCAAGUUCUGACCCCAACCUAGCCCCAACCUUCCACCCAUUGCUCAUUAGAGAGUAAAAAAAAAGAUCUCCACAAUUUCCAUCCAAAAAAAAAAAAAAAUCAAACCUAGCUUUGUACAAAGACUCAGAAUGUUCAGGGUUCAGUGUUACCAUUUUUUAUACAAACGACACGUAAGUUCCCCAUUGUUCUGAGAGAUCCCAUUUUGUAAGUUAUCCUAUUUUCAUAUGUUAAAAGAGUAUAUAUAUAUAUAUAUAUAUAUAUAUAUAUAUAUAUAUAUAUAUAUAUAUAUAUAUAUAUAUAUAUAUAUAUAUAUAUAUAUAUAUAUAUGGCCAGCUUUUUAUGAACUUGUUCUAAGGUGUAAAUUGCAAUAUAGUAAUUUAUUUUAAAAAAAAAGUGUACAUGGAGAAUGAGGACCAAAUCAGGCAGUGUUGUCUAACAGCUUUGUUUGAACACUUGUGUUUUCAUUACAAAAAAAAAGGGAAAUGUACCCCCAUUUAUUUUAUCGGUUUGUUUUAUUUUAUUUUUUCUGUUGAAAAUAUUUUGAAGGCAUAGUAGUAUUGUUUGUUUCCUAAUAAAUGACCAAUCGGAUUGAACGAUAA